GGAACAAAUCUCUAUCGCCCGUUUCUCGUUAUCUUCUAGUGGGCCUGCCUAACUAACCGGCCCAGAAACUGGCCGAGUGAGGCUCGAGUCAUAAUUGGGUAUUUUUGCCAAAAACACCCCUCCGCAAAAUAAGGAUUGCUCUUCGGUGGCUGAGCUGGUAAAGCUCCAAUUUGCACUCCUAUAUAUAUAUAUAUGUUUUGAUUGAUUUGAUGAUUUGAUUUUGAUUUUGAUUUGAUGACAUCAGGAGACCAAUGUCUGGUUCUGACGUGGCAGUGUUUCUUUCUCCAGAGAGUUCCCAGCUAGUGUACGUGAAAAGAGUUGCAGACGGUUUGUAUCCAAACCCAGUUGUGAUUUUGAACCCAAGAUGGGGGUUUGAAGGAGUGGGUGAGCGUGAUGGUGAUUUUGGAGAAAAGCUUAAUGGCUUUGUGGGUUCCUUUGAGGUCAUCUAUUCGUUCAUGGGGCUGGAGGUUCAAGGAGUUCUGCGCAAGAGGAUAGGAGUGAUCUUUAAGUGCGUGAGGGAUGGAAUUGUGAGUGGCGAGGAGUGGAGUGUUCUAGUUGAAGAAGGAGGUGAGAUGAAAGUUGUUUCACAGUUCAAGGCAAGGCCUUCAAUUGGUGAAGUUGAGAUUGUUCUGUACAACCUGAUGGCUAUCAAUUCUCCCAUCACUAAGUCUGCCAAGUUCCUCAAAGAUUUGGUCUCCAAUGUAACUGGAAGGAAGUGAAGGGAAUGAAUCAAUGGAUUCCUUCCUUCCCUUCCUUGAAUAGCUGAACAUAAACUGACAGUAAGAAG